AUUCCAUAGUCACAUAUGUCACUAAUUGUGUACUUAGCCAGAUACUGCUACUCAAUCAAUUGAGUCAAUAUUUUGGAUUGACGCUUGAAAAUCGAACAAGAGCAUGAAGAAACAAAAGAAAGACUCCAAAAUUUAGAAGAUGUAGUAUCAUUGGUUUUAAAUACCGUGGGUUCAACGGCUAAUCAAUCUGAAAUUGAUGACCUUACAAUUGAUGGUAAAAGUAAGAUACGAUAGUUUGGUUAUUAGUGAAAAAGUAUGAUGUGAUAGGUAGGGUAUGAAAAAGUAUGGGUAAAAUUGGUUUUUUAAUAGAAAAAUGAAGUGCUUUUAGGAAUUGAAAAAAAAUGAAAGAAGAAGGAUUUUAAGAAAGGGAGGGAGUAUUAUACAUUGCAUUUGAUAAUAAGGUGUCAUGUAGAAUUAGGAAGAUUGGUAGGGAACGUCAAAUGAAGGCUAUAAAUAGGGAGUAUUUCAUUAUUCAAUCAAAUACGGAGUACAAAUAUACAACACACUUGCUUUCAAUUCAAGAUGUCCGACAACAACAAUUCAAACAAGAGGGUGAGGAGGGGCCGACAAAGGAUCCCUCUCACAAAGAUUGAGAACGAUGUUCACCGACAAGUCACAUUCUCGAAGCGCCGGUCUGGCGUGUUCAAGAAAGCCAGUGAACUGUCCACUCUGUGCGGCGUCGACAUCGCCAUGGUCAUAUUCUCGCCCACGAACAAAGCUUACACUUUCGGCAACCCCAGUUUGAACGCCGUUCUCAACCGGUACUUUGGGGAAAACCCAAAUGCCAGAGCCAACGUCACGGGCGACAUUAUCCGUGCUCGCCACGAGGCCAUCGUGGGCUCCAUGACACCCCAGAUCAGCGAAAUGGAGUCAAUGAUUCGCGAUCUGACGAACGAAAACCACGCGUUGUGCGAGGCCGAGAAAAACCGGCCUUCUGUUCCUGAUCUCCAAGAACCGGAGUUAGAACGUAUGAAGAACAGCUUGGAAAUGCUUCGAAACCAAGUGGUUGAAAAACUGAACCAACUCCAUUUCAAUCAAUACCCCGCCGGUCAUUCUGGUUUUCAGGGGCCAUAGCAUGGGACUAAACCAUGUUGCAGAUG